GCCACGCCAGCGUCGGACAGCUUCCCUGAUGCGGGCGCCUACGACUCCAUUCAAGACUUCGACCCGAAUUCCAUCGAGAAGCCAAAUCCGGCAGACAUCUCCGAUUUCGAAGUGAAGCUGCGCUCCCUUCAUGCUGAUGCCAUGGCCAAGCUUCGAGUGCGCCUAUUUGAGGAGCGUGGAGACGUGGCGGCUGCCAGCAAAUAUGCAAACUUCCUCGAGUACCGGCAGUGGCAGGUCGGUGUGGAGAAGCAGAUUGUCUCCGAGCUCGUGGCAGCUAUUCAAGAAGAG